GUUGCCAGUUCGUACACGCAAGCAUCGAAUAGUCUACGCUACUAUAUGAGUUGGUCUACAAUGUUCUUAAAACCGAAAUUGGACAUUGAAGAUAUACAGCGACUGGUUUUAAAAGUGUACGGAUUAAAGGUUUUAUCGGUGGAAAAUCUAGACAGCUAUGACGAUAAAAAUUAUCACAUCGGAGUCGUCGAAACUGUUGAUGGGAACUGUAAGAUAACCAGGACCGAUCGACAUGGAUACACCUUAAAAAUUCUCAAUACAGUUUCUUCUCAGAAAACUGCUGCAAUAGAUAUUCAACAUACUAUGAUAGAGGAAGUAUCAAGAAUAGGAAUAAAAACACCAAAACCCCAGCCUAAUCUAAAGGGAGAUAACUGGUCGAUGGAAUUAUUAAAAUCAGAAGAUGGUAACAACUGGUUUUUAGUUCGUCUGUUCAACUAUGUACCGGGUACUUUGCUGCAGUCGGUUCCUGUGACUCUGGAUCUCUGUUACCAGAUUGGUGAAUGUGCUGGAAAAAUGGACGUAGCACUAAAGAAUGUUAGCAGACCUAUUGGUUGGGAAUGUGAAUUUAGUCACUGGAGUAUGGAAGUAAUACCUGAAUUAUUACAACAUUUACAUCCUAUUAAAGAUGGCGAUGAUAGACAUUUACUACAAACAGUUAUACAAGAAUUUGAUUCAAAGGUUCUGUCCUGUUACGAAAAAUUUCAAAAAGGUUUUAUCCACGGUGACAUGAAUGAUGCAAACAUCCUUGUAACUUCAAACACAGUUCACAACAAUAACAAAAACAGCACAAGUGAGGAAGAUUAUAAGCUUGAAGCAAUAAUUGAUUUUGGCGACUUCUCCUUUUCUUUGUAUAUUUUCGAAGCUGCCAUUAUGAUGAGUUAUUUGGUUUUAUUAACAAAAGAUUUUGAUAUUGUUAACGUACCAGGAAAAAUUUUAUCAGGGUAUUUAAAAUACAUAACCCUUUCCGACGCAGAACUAUGUUUUUUAAAACUUUGUAUGUGCGCUCGAUUGGCUCAAAGUAUUGUAAGGGGAGCACUCAGCAAUGAAAAUGAUGUUGGUAAUACCUAUACCCAGAAUACCAGUAUCACAGCUUGGAAAGCACUGAAAAAACUUUGGCCAGUUUCUAAUGAAGGAAUCCUAAAACAAUGGCUAAUGGUGUAGACACAAUGGUGUAUAGAGGUCUUGGAGGGGGGUGGGGGGAGAGAAAGCAAGAGAAAGAGAUAAAAGAGUCCACUGACACAAACUAGGCCCUUUCAGGACUAACAUAUGGUACUAUUUUAUUUCAAUAUAGUUUGCUUGUGUGUACGGCUCUUUGGCUGUGGUAGGAAACUGGAACUGGAUGAUCUGGAGAAACACACAAGUUUGGACAGGCGAUCCUACUCCUUGUCAUAUAUACAAGUGGGGAAUCGAUAGAUUCGACCACUAAAGUCCCACAGAUAGCCUGCCAUGAAGACUCAAGUGGGGUUUACAUCAUCUUGAUUGAAUAAGUAAUACACACUUAUUAUUAUAAUGAUAUUUGAGUUUCAUGUUAAAAGCCAUUUAUAUCUAUAUAUUAUAGGGGUAAUGUAUUUGUCCUGACAGCAGUGGAUGGACCUCUGUUUAUCAACCCAGCCUAACAACUAAGCCCACUUUUCUCGCUAGCACUGCAGGCGAAAUUGAGAUGUUAGAGCUGUCUAUAUGUUGCAUUUUAUCAGUUACAAGUGGUUAAGUUCAUCGCUGCUCUAUAAGCGAGGAUCAAAUAAUAGGGAGCCACAGUGGUUGAGUGAUCGAGUUACGGGCUGGGCUGCUAACCAUGAGGUCCUAUCUUAGGGUGGCAAAUAAAGUUUAUCCGGAUUUUCUGGCAUGUUUUUAUGUUUGUCAGUGGUGCAGGACAGAGGGUCAUACAGUGUCUAGAAAGUUGAUCAGGAUUUUCUGGCAUGUUUUUCUGCUUGUCAGUGGUGCAUGACAGAAGACCAUACAGUGUCUAAUCCUUCGGAUGGGACAAAAAAAAAACCCCUGAGGUUCUAAUUUGGGUCACAAAAUUAUAUAGGAAGCCACAGGAAUUUUUCAUAAGGAUAGUUAUAUACACUUCUAUAAAUAAAUAUUAUAUGAUGUGUCUGUAGUUUGGAUUGAUUAGUUGUUAAAAAGAAUUAAAUUUUCCAAUCAGUAGAUGAAUCAAGAGAGAGGGAGAGAGAGGAAAAUGAGCAGAGGGUACACUGUUAGUCAGACUGGUACUAAUACAAGUGAUCAUUACUCUAAACUAAUUUAGAUAUAAACUUUUAGGGGCAUGUAGUUACUGGAUAAAGCACAGCCUAGAAUUAUUAAUACAUAUAAGCGAAUAUUGAAUGAAUUGAGUGAUUAGAAGACAUGUCUUUAAAUGGCAUUCAAAAUAGACGCCUUCUCGUAUUAUCAGCUCAUGGCAUUUCUUCGUUUCGUUGUGAAUUUCCCCGGUGGUUCUAAUUUUUAUAGCAGAAAUAUGUGGGAAAUAAAGGAAUCCAGGUCAUAAGUCGCAUUAUCCCUUUUUUUUGUGGCGUUCGCUCUUCGCCGUUUUAAAAGAAUCACAGACACCGAUUGGAUGGGGUGGUGCUAUUCUCAACAGGAUUUCAGAGUUUCGAAAAAUCACACAUUUCUGAUUUUGAUUCAGGGUGUCUAGUUCUCAAACUCAAACUGCAGUAGUAGGCCUACUACUUUCUGUUAUUUUUCGAGAAUUUACUACGGUUACUGUUCAUUUUUUUCGCGUGCUGCCGCCAUAUUUUUCAGGAAAAAAUGAUAAAACAUAGGCCGUUAUAAUGAUCAAUGAAUACAACACAAGAAAUGAAGAGGCAUUAACAUAACUAAUUAUCCUUUCCAAGAAUGAAAUUCAAAUUCUGUGAAUUAAAAAAAAACAUCCAUAGCUUUACUUUCAAUUUCAUUCUGUUAGAUUCGCAGAAGAAAGGUGUGUAAUUGGUAUGUUUUCCUUGAAAAAAUCCUCAACCUCAGUUUUAAACGUUUCAGGUGUGUGUUACAUAGUGUGUAAUAUUUGAGAUGCCCCCAUCCAUUCUAGUACCAACAUGGCGGAAUUAUUUCAAGACUGGAAUCAAAGUGACAAAUUUCAGAACUUUGAGCGAGUCUUAAUCCAUUGUCAAUUGCACAUUCUAAUGUAAAAUGAAUGGUAUUGACGAAAUUGUAAAUUAUUGUACGGUGUUGAUUCAAGCUAAAGUGUGUUUAGGCACGACAGCCUCAAGUAUAAAUAUAGGAUUAUCAAUAUUGAAAUUGGUCAAGGCUUUGCGUCAUUGCCCUAUAUUUUUUUUAAAUGAAGUUCGCAAUUAAAAUUUCGAACAGUUUUGCAGUAAAUGUGAUAACACAUUAGAGAUUCAAUGAAGAUUGCCGGAAAGUUGUUAAAAUGAGUUCCACAUUGGAGGAGAGACUGGUGGAAGAGGAAGCAAAGGUUUUGUACCCUCCAUGUUCUUCGAUCCGGAAUACAGAGAACCAGACUACUCACCACCAUCUUCCAUAUCCCACCAGUUUAAUAGGUCUAUGAUGUGAUAUCGUUCUAAUGUGAAUAGAGCAUCUUUUAAAUGACGAAACCAGUAUUCACAUUUGGGUAAUUUCAAUAACAAAUCAGUAUUAACGUGCGCUUCAGAUUCCCUCUCCAAUUGUUUUGUAUACUUUUCCUGAAAAUCAUAAUAUAUACAUUUGGUCAAAAAAAUAAGUCUGACAAUCCUAUAUUCAUAUGGUCCAUCUGAUGGGUAUAUAGGGUUUUAGUAUGAUGUGUCAGCGUUUUUGACUGGCCAGCAGUACAGUUUGGUAUACCUUUCCGGAAAAUUAA